UUGCAGUUAACUCGCUCGAAUUAUCAUCACCACUACUAAAACUAACCUAAAUCGAACUAACUCAAAUAAACUACAGUCUACUCCUCAAAAAGUCACACAAAUAGAUUCUAAAAAUUGAUCCUGAAUUUUUUAAAAAAAGAUUUGAUCGAAAAUUUUGAAUUGGUUUCACAAUUCGACUUACAGCUUACGUUAGAUCACGUUUUCCCUGACAUGUCAUCAGCUGCACCGAUACAAGAAACAGCUUUAGCCGUUCAAAGAGGAGAAGAAUCUAGAUCUUGCAUAGAUGGACACCAAUUGAAUGAGUCUUCGAAUAGUGUGAUGAGCUCCUCGGCUGACAAAAGGAGUCCCAGAUUCACUAUCGACUUCCUACUCUCUUCGCACUACAAGGAGAACAGUGACGUCAGUAAAACAGAAAAGACUAACGCAAACCAACGCAACAUGACCCUGGACAGUGACAACGAUUCUGAUGAUUCUCUCAGCCAAUCAGAACACGGCGCCGACUUCAACUCAACCAAUCACAGCGAGGGAGCAGGGAGAGGAGGCCAAUCACCUUGCUUUGGGACAGGAAAGAAGCAUCGGAAGGCGAGGACUGCAUUCACGGAUGAGCAGCUGGCUCAGCUGGAACAGAACUUCGAGAGACACAAGUACUUGUCUGUGCAGGACAGACUGGAUCUGGCGGCCAGUCUUCAGCUGAGUGACACUCAAGUUAAGACAUGGUACCAAAACAGACGGACCAAGUGGAAGAGACAGACAGCUGUGAGUUUGGAGAUGUUGGCAGCUGCGGAGAGACAACACAAUCUGUGCACUCUGCAGACGGCUGCAUUAGCCAACUUCCAUCACCACCACCAACAACGUCAACAACAACAGCAACUGAAAAAACAACAACAACAGCAGCUACCAAAUCAACCUCUUAACCAUAACAAUCAUUGCAAUUUUGAUUCAAUUACUAGCCCUCAAGUCCCUCCAAUCGGCCAACCGCCCUUGGGUCUAAUUGGCGGGGUAGGAAAUAAUGGAUUCCUAUUGGCUGCUGCCGCUUACAGACAGUUCAUGUUUUCUUCUCCAAGUCAGAAUCUUCAUUUGAGUCAAUUGAUGUCAUCUGUCAUUUCAAAAGAAACGAGUUCGUGCAAGAAGUAG